AGACAAGGAGCUCAAGCAGUCAAGUACAAUUGUAACAGCCAGGGGUUAUCACUUUUUUUGCAACUCAACAGCUUUGGCUAUCAUAAGGUCAUUGACAUUUGAGAAAAAAAGCGGGGUUGCAACCUGUAUUCUAUUAACAAUUUGGGGGUUACUAGAGCACAUUACACUCCUUGUCCCCAUCCCUCCCUGAGUUAUCCAACUGGCUGGAGUUAGCUAGUACAUUUAGUCCAUAGAGACCUGCUGCCUCUCACCCAGUCCACUUACCAUCUGUCUACUGAUUUACUGGAAAGUAAAUAAUAAUUUUCUUAGUAAGUUCUAAUAAUUUAUGUGUUCUCACUGGUAGUCAUAAAUUAGGAAUAUUUGCUGAAAUAAUAGCACAAUUCCAUUUAUUUUCUUCCUAAAACUGUAAAACUGUAACUGUGAAAGGUCAGAUUUAUGUUGUUUUCUUAUUCUGAGUCUGACUGGCAAUCAAGCGACAGUUAAUUAUGGGACAUUCUGAGAAUGUGCACUCUAAGAACCAGUCAGUACAUGUGUUAAUUACAACCCACAUAACAACCCUACCACAGCCCCUGGGGCCAGAAAUGUCACAUGGCUUCUCCCACUCAAACCUCAACUCUAGCCUGGUUCAUUUUCAUUCACAGCCCCCCUUAGGGUCAGUGUAGUAAAUCCUCAAUUCCACCCCCAUCUUCCCAGUGUUAUCUGUUCCCUCCCUCUUCCUGUCCAGGUCUGUUGUUUAGCAGGCUCACGACAGCCAGGAUCAGUUAGUUGAGACGUUCUGAAGAAGUAGUACACAGUCCUGAGAUCCAGUUUGUGUUCACUGUUCAUUUUUGCUGCUGGUGUGAAGAAUAAGUGGGCCAUGAUGCUACCAGUUCUGCUGCUGUUCCUGGGCCUGGUUGGGACGUCACGGUCCUGUCAAGAUCCAGUCUCUGCGUACAGAUUCACUGGGGCAGUCUGCAGACUGACCUACCCCGCCGCGGCGGUCUUAAAUGAGAAGACAACCAAGGUGAUUGAGGCUGCAUUCCAGCACACCAAAUAUCCAAGCGUUGACCGCGAGAAGUCCAUUCUUUUUGUUGGAAGGGUGAAAUAUGGGCUUGCAAAUCUCGAGAUUCAUAACCUGUCCAUCGGGCGUAGUGAGUUUGAGCUGAAGGCGGGUGAAGGCAUUGAGAUGGACAUCUCCAACGUGUCAGCUGUUUUCAGGGGAACUAUCAAGUAUGGAUAUGGCAGCUGGCUUGUCAACGUGGGACAUUCCAUCGAUUUUGAAAUUGAGUCUCAGAUUGACCUUGGCAUUAACCCCAAACUCUACUGUGGAAAGGGGAAAGUUGCUGCAGACACAUCCGACUGUUACCUCAACUUCCACAAGCUUCAUCUCCUGUUACAGGGAGACAGAGAACCAGGCUGGCUGAAGAGGCUGUUCACAGACUUCAUCACAUUCACUGUGAAGCUGGUUAUCAAAAGCCAGAUAUGUAAGGAGAUCAAUAAUGUGGCAAACAUAAUGGCUGACUUCAUACAGGAACAAGCUGAACAAAUGCUUAGUGAUGGUGGCAUCAGCGUGAACGUUGGCGUGACUUCUUCUCCUGUCAUCACAUCAAAUUACAUUGAAUCAUAUCACAAGGGUCUGACCCAAUACAACAACAUCACAGCUGUCAUCAACGCGUCCGUUUUCCACCCCGGACAGCUGUCAGAGGACCGCAUGCUGUACUUCUGGCUUUCUGACGAGCUCUUCAACGGCCUGAUUAAAGCGGCCCACCUAGACGGACGGUUUACCCUCAACAUCUCUGGCCUGGAGCUCACAGAACUUUUCAGGGCAGAUUUGUCCAGCCCAGUGCCGGAGUUCCUGAGUCAGUUUCUGUUAUCUGCGGAGCCGGUGCUGAAGGUGUGGAGUGUGUCGGUACCUCACCUUUGGACAACCCCACUGGGUUCCUCUGUCAGAGCUGUGGUUGGUGUGGAGCUGACAAGCAGAGCAGAGGAUAUUCGAGGACUUUACUUUGAGACGGAGAUGGUUGUUGUUGUGGUGGCUUCAUACGCUGAGAAGAAACUGGCCCUAAACACCAGAGUGUCACAAAUUUCCAUAUUGAAGGAAUCAAUGUCCACAGACACACUGCAGGUGAUUGAAGGGCACAUUGGAUAUCUGAAAGAGGCCUUGGUUAAAAUAGGUGUCCCGAAAGUAACAUCUGAACUAGAACCAGGUUUGACUGCACUCUUGGACAAACAGGGUGUCAAUCUAUUUGAUAUUAUCAGGCCUCAGGUUGUUUCUCAAGAUGGUUUUGUGAUUAUCCAGACAGACUUUGGCUUUCCUCAUCAUCUGCUUGUGGAAUUCCUCCGUAAGACUCUCAAGUGAUUGUGAUACUCAACUGGUGGUCGUGCGAUACCUUGAUAAAUAAGAAAGAAGAUUUGUAUUUGUAUACAGUAACCAAAGAGUUGAAUGUACCCAUAGUAGUAGGGUAUUUCCACCCAUGUCUUGUAAUUAGAUUUGCCAUGAUUAUCAGUUGGCACAGAGCAGGUAGAACCAGUUCCUCGCUGUUAUACUACCAGGUGUUCCUUUGCCCUCUGCAAACACAAUGAAGAUGGUUUCAGGAAAGGAAAAUUAAAAUAUUAACUAACUUGUUUUGUCUUGGCAUGUCCCAACAAAAUCUGCAAAAGUAUUAAACAGUUAAUGGUCUCUAAA